UUACAUAGAAUGGUGAAUUUCACGGCAACUGAAUGUACCAUGUGUUAGCAGAAAUUGUCCGACUGACAAAACCGGAAUCUUCACCGUUUGUUGCAAAACAACAAUAGGAUUCGAUUAGAGUGAUACUGAGCUGAGCGACUGCAGUGUGGGAGCCUUCACAGGGGGAAACCAUAACCGAAACAUACACAAUUGAUAUUCAUUAGUGUGCUGUCGUUAAAACGACGACGACAACGACAACGUCCUAGCAAAGGGGAUCGUCAUUUGCGUAGGUGUGUUUUUCCGGGGAGAUAAUGAUGGAAGCAAUUCUGGAGACGACCAGGGUACCCGAAUGAAAAUCUAGAGAAGCUGGUUGCAUCAUUGCAUUGUGAAUGUGACACACACAGUUCCUAGGGAAAGUGGCGUAAGGCAGGGUGCAUAAGAUUUACUGCCAAAUGCAGCAGUAGCAUGGUUGUUUGUUGUGUUUCUACAUAGCUAGCGAAAGCAGCAAACCAACGGUAGUGGUAGUGUUAGUAGAUAAAAGGUGUUUGGGGGUUACGAAGAUAGUACACAACAAGGAAGCAAAAUGAGCCUUCGUGGAGCCAGCACUAAUCUAGGAAUCAUUUACUGUGGAUUAAUCUUGGUUUCGUUGGGGUGUAGUACAGCAUCGAGAAUAUUCGACAUCGAAAGCAUACCAAUGGUGAGGUACAUCGCAGUUGCAGGGCGGAACGUCACACUAAGCUGUCCCGGAGUGAAUGAACACUCGCUGGUGGACACGCUCACAUGGAAGUCCAGCCAAACGGUAGCCGAGUUUGUCAGCGGACUACCACAAUCCAGUAAUAAUAGGAUAACAUUGCUACCUGAUAAUUUUAGUCUCCACAUCAGUCCAACGGUCGCCUCGGAUACGGCCGAGUACAGCUGCCUGGUAAAUGACCGGCACAGCCCAGAAGCCAUCGUGGAUCUGUUAGUACAAGAUGUUCCGGAACCACCGGGUCGACCACUGGUUCUCAGCUUCACGUCACGAUCCGUGCACUUAUCGUGGGCGCAUUCACAGGAUCCCAGGAAUGCACCCAUAAUGUAUUUCAUCAUCGAGUCGAGGGUCGGCGAGAACGGAGGCUGGGAUCAGGUGGCACCAAUCCGAACGAAGAACAAUGGUACUUCAUAUCAGGUGAGCGGCCUGUUGCCCUUCACCGUCUACAGUUUCCGGGUAAUUGCCAUCAAUGAGCUGGGCCGAAGUCCACCGUCCAAGGAAUCGUACUACUUUGUCACACUCAGAGAAGUUCCAACGGGUAAACCGGUAACGACAAUCGCCCACAACACGAGCGCCAGCUCCCUGUACAUCUCGUGGAAACCGCCGCCACCGGACACGAUCCUGGGCGAAUUCCUUGGCUAUCGGAUCACGUACCGCACGCGGGAUCGCAAUCCGGACGACGUCCAGGAGAUUUACAUCCGCGACAGCUCCGUGGAGAGUCACGAAAUCCACAAUCUGCAGACCUACACCCAGUAUCUGGUUUCAAUCCAGGUGUUCAAUCCGGAAGGCUUAGGCCCGCCAACGACCGUCCUUGUCAUGACCGAUGAAGGAGUUCCUAGUAAACCUCGCAAUCUCAGUAUUCUAGAAGUGACGUCAACGUCGAUCCGAAUAAGCUGGCAGGAACCAGAACGUAAAAACGGUGUUAUUCAUGGAUACCGAGUGUACUACGUGUACCAAAAUCAAACUUUGCUGCAUCUUCCAAUCUUGAAGAGUGAUGCAAUUCAGAAUUUGAUGUAUUACUACACUCUAUCAAACUUGAAACCAUUCACCGAUUACCGGCUCAUAGUCGCUGCCUUCACCAUGAAAUACGACGGUGAAACAUCAGAGGUUUCCAUUCGGACGGACAUUGCCGGGCCCAGUGCACCCAAGUUUAUCAAUUUGACGUGCUAUUCCGAGGAUGCUCUUUUUCUGGCGUGGCGAAUACCGCAGCAUUUCUACAACUCGGUAAACCACUACAUAGUGAGCUACCGAAACAUGGACUACACGCGCUCGCGGGAGAUCCGAAUCUCCGCGAACGCAUCCAUCGUGGAGACAUCGGUUGUGCUGCAAAAUCUAACGACGGAUGCCAGCUACGAACUGAAAGUUCGAGCCGCUUCAAUUAGUGUUAUCAAUCCCAAUAAGGUCAUCCUUGGACCGUAUUCAGAGUUGCGAAAGAUAACUCUCAAAGCGAACUGCGAUCUACAUCAGCCUCCAUCGCUGUACCAUCACUACGCUGACUAUGAUCUGAUAGUGCUUGCUGGAGCGGUCAUUUGCUGCUUUGGCUUGCUUCUAGUGAUCCUAGCAAUAGUUCUAUGGAAGAAAUGCUUCAACACAAACUAUACCAACGAAGCGGACCCGGUGCAUGCGGAUCAGAAGCAAACGCAGCAAACGCAAAUCGACUGGAAGGCCACCUGCGAUACCAACGGAGUCAUCCAGACGACCGUUCCUGUCACGAAAAUCAUGCAGAAUGGCAACCAUCGUCAUCUGACGAUCGAUGGGGACUGAUAAAAGGUGAUCGAAGCCGGUACCUGCCACGAUGAUGAUGAUGACGUUCACCACUGGCAGACCCGGAUCGAAGCGAAGCGAGUUUCUCCAUCCAUCCCCGUCUCCGGUUUCGGAUCCUCCCGGGGAUUCACCGGUACAACGAUGCUCUACAUUCCUGACCUGGAAGUUGUGAUUAAUCCGGAAGCAUGAAGACUGUGUGGGGAUGGACCUGGAAGAGCAGACUUGACUUGUACAGGUAGAAAAUUAAAUUGAUAUUAUAGGCAACACACACACACACAUACACAAACAAACGAAAAAAAAAAAAGGUAAGACAGCGAGCAACAGAUGACAGGUAGGACUUGACACCGCAUGCUAGAAUCGAUUUUUUUAGUUUAAGAAUGUCUGUGGAAAUAGGGUUUGGGCAAGGAGUCGUUGAAAAAGUUGAAAUCUGUUGUGUGGUUAAUUGUGACAAAGAUUGCUUCAGGCUUGUGUAUAAUAAAGUAUUUUAAGGAUUAGUAAAAAAAAAAAGAAUCCGUGAAAAAGGGUAAAUGCCAAUACUGUUUUUUCGUUUUUUUU